AAGCAGCUGGAAUCACACUGAAGUGACUCUGAACUCUGCAGAUCAUUUCAUUCCUCCUUCUGCUACAGAGCUCAGAUCCCUGAUUUACAGUGCCUUUUGUUUCAAAGAACUAAGCAAGGCAAAUGUUGUAAGGUGGAAUAGCAUAUAUUGGCUAAAAGAGCUUCUUGGAAGAAAGAAUGUGAUACUCAUUUACUUCAAAGGUUACUUUGAACCACCCCAGCUCCAAGAAAAGAAAGCCACUCUGCAACAUGACAUUUGAAGAUUUUGAGAACUACUCUUAUUUCUACGAUCUGUCUGAGGAAGAUGAGUCACCCCAGUCCUCCCUCAGCAUUGCCCAUAUUAUUUCCCUUUUCUUUUACAGUGUGGCAUUUCUGCUGGGAGUGCCAGGUAAUGCCAUUGUCAUCUGGUUUAUGGGCUUUAAGUGGGAUAAAUCUGUUUCCACACUCUGGUUCCUGAAUCUGGCCAUUGCAGAUUUCAUUUUUGUUCUCUUCCUGCCCCUCUAUAUUACAUACGUGGCAAUGGGCUUCCACUGGCCUUUUGGGAAGUGGCUCUGCAAAAUGAACUCAUUCAUUGCACUACUUAAUAUGUUUGCCAGUGUUUUCUUCCUGACAUUCAUCAGCCUUGACCGCUACAUCCGCCUGGUCCACCCCGUCUUUUCCUACAAAUACAGGACUGUAAAGAACACCCUCCUUCUGAGCGGGGUCAUUUGGAUGUCAGCAGCAAUUAUUGGUGGCCCUGCCUUAUACUUUAGAGACACAGCUACAGUUCUCAACAAUGUCACCAUUUGCUACAACAAUUUUCAUGUGCAUGACAAAGAACUUAUUUUGCUGACACAUCACAUUCUCAUUUGGGUGAGGCUUGCAUUUGGUUACCUCUUUCCUUUAGUGACCAUGGUUAUUUGCUACUCACUGCUGAUUGUCAAAGUGAAGAGGAGAACUGUAUUGACUUCUAGCAGGCUUUUCUGGACCAUCACUGCUGUAGUUGUAGCUUUUUUUGUCUGCUGGACGCCAUAUCAUAUAUUCAGCAUUGUGGAGCUGUCUGCUCACCAUGAUGAAAACCUGCAUGACUUACUGCAGGAUGGCAUUCCCCUCUCCACUGGCCUUGGUUUCAUCAACAGUUGCCUCAACCCAAUCCUCUACGUUCUGAUUAGCAAAAAGUUCCAAGCCCAGGUGAAGAGCACGGUGUCUGAGGUGCUGAAGCUGGCCCUGUGGGAGGUGAGCCGCUCGGGCACGGUCAGCGAGCAGCUCUGGAGCUCAGACAACGCGCCCGUGCACUGCUGUGAAACUGCCCACUGACUGCUCCAAGGGAGCUGACUGGAGAUUUGCAGGUCUUCUUGCCUUCACAUCUGCCAGUCAGAUGUGUAUCUUUGCAUAGACAGUUUUCUGUAAACAGCUGGCUUAAUUGCACUUGCUGCUUUAAUGGAAAGGUUUUUUAAGGGAUACGUGGUUUGGAUGUGUGCCCUUGCAAUGCACAUACAGCCUGAACUGAAAGUUAUCAGCAUAGGUGGAAUUACUCUAAAUGGGCUUUUUGCUGUGGGCUGUUGUUGUGAUCCUGUUGGUUUGCUGUGGUUCCAUACCUCAGUGAUAUCAAAAGAACACAUAAUAAAAAUAUCCCUCCUUGCCAUUGCUGAUACAACUCUUAAUGGAGGCAUUCUCAUGGAAGAGGCUGUGGCUGUACAUCUCUGGGUCAUGAGUCUCCUGAUUGCCUGCUACUGCCCCAAGGAGGAAUCCCCUGGCUACAUCCCACCUAAAUGAAGCUAUCAGUGGCUCCACUCUGCACCUGGAGAAGAAUCCCAAGAUGGAGAACCCUGAAUUGCUGCCUUCUAUUGUCAAAAAAGAAAAAUAUGGAAAUAAAACCUGUCUUCUUCAGUGCUCUUUAACUUAUACUCAAAACUAAGAAAGGAGACCCUGUGUUUGGGUCACUUUACUGUAUAUUGAGCACCAGCUGGGUGCAAAAUACUGAGCUGAUGUUUCAUAUAGGUAUUAGGCUUAUUUGAAAUGUGCAAAGCAUUAGUGAAAAUAUUUCCUACAGGUUCUGUGCAACACUUCUUCUUCUAUGUUUAAAUCUACAUAGGUUUACAACUACUGAUUCUUCUUUAUUGCUCUUUCAAGCAAAGGUAAAGAAAUAAUAUAACAUUUUGUUUGGUUAGGGUUAGGGUUUUGAAAACCACAAAGCCCAGGGUUCCAGGCACACUGCAGCUGCAAAGGGCAUCCCAAGGGGAACACAAAACUGCCACAACAUGCCUUCCUUCACAGCUUUUUCCCGCAACCAUCCCUUAAUGUCAAGCUUAAAAAAAGGGUGGAGUGAAUUCAUCAGUAUUCUUUUACAAGUCUAUUGCCAAAUUCAGACUUCUUUUCUAAAUAAGAGGCAAGACAGUUCAUCCAGGAAAUGGAGUCCACUCCCAUAAGAAAGAUGAAGUCCCAGUUAUGCUGUAUUCUGUUCCAAUGUGUUGGUUGCUGCAGAGUCACACAUGCACCAAUGCAAAUAUAUAUAUGCUAUGUGGAGUGAACCAAUUUCUGAUGCAAUACCACUUAAUUAAACAGUUGAAUGUGGGACAAAACUCCACUGAAAGCAAAAGCAUAGAGCUUUGGAUAAAUUUGAACUGUUUUUUGCUAGUUAUUGGCCUAGGCAUAUAGAAUAAAACUACCUUUCAGAUAAUUUACCUAGUUUAUAUGGCCUGCCAAUGCAGUAGCAUUUAUGCUAUAAUUGAGGCCUUAUAUGUAAAUAGAUUUGCUUUUGUAUAAAAAAUAUAUAUAUGCAUGAGCACAUCCAAUAUUUGUAGCUGCACAAAUAGAAACAGCCUGACUGUGGUCUGUAACUAUUUCUUUGGGCUCUGGUUCCAGAGUCUGAGAGUCAGGCAGGAUCAGUGGAAUUUCAGUGUAUUCCCCUUUGGGUUGAAAAGCUGGUAAGCAGCAUUCUUCCUUUGAGUCAUUUGCUGCCUGGUACAUAGUUGCUCAUCAUAAUAUUUUGGCACCGUGCUGCUGUAUGUGCCUAAAUCAAACAUUUUGCAGUUUUUCUUCACAUGUUCCCUGACAUCUUUCUAAGAAUGAUGUACUCUCCUGGCUGUGGUCCAAGUGAAG